AUGGAUCCUAUGCUUUUUACAAUAACAUAUUUCUUGUUCUUUUCUAUUGCUUUUUAUUCUUUUACAAUUUUUCUUGAAAUACAGGGAAUCUCUUCCACAAAUAAUUGGUAUAUUAUUGAAUUUUGUAUGGAUAGUUAUCUAGGAUUAUUAAAUAUCAAAAAAAAUCUGGAGAUCGUGUCGAAUAAAGACAUCCAAGGAUUUGAGUUGAUUGACUAA